AUGACGACGCGCCUCGCGCGCGCCGCGCUGCUCCUGGUCCCGGCGGCCCUGACGCGGAGCGCGGAGCCGGCGCGCCCGCGCCACGGCGCCGGGACGCCGGAUCCGUCGCUCCAGGCGCGCUGCGAGGCGGCGGACCUGUCGGAGAGUGCCCUGCGCCACUGCGGGCGCAUCGCCGCGUCGCGCGACGGCGUCACGCUCGCGGCGCUGAAGCGCGGCGGCUGGCUCUGCCGCGCGUCGCUCGUGCUCCAGUCGACGCACCACAAGAUCGGGAGCAGCGACCACCACGACGCCAUCGACGGCGCGUGCGGCUUCGACCCCCGAACGUUCGCGCCGCGCGAGCCCGCGGGCUCCAAGUCCUUCGUCACGGUCGCCGUGCACCACAACGGCCUCGGGAACCAGCUCUUCCAGUACGCCAUGGGGCGGCUCCUCGCCUGGUCCCUCGGGUCCGACUUCGCGGCGGUCUUGGUCGACGCGCGCGAGGGCCCGAUGAACGAGAAGAUGCCGCCGCACAGCGCCCAGUCCUGGGACGCGUUCAGGGAGAUCUUCGACAAGUCGGCCCUGGGCGCGCGGCGCCACGCCUACGACACCUGCGCGGAGCUGACGCCGACGAAGGGCGAGUACCUCGGGAACGGCACGCUGCUGCUCGCGGAGCGGCCCGCGGACACGCGGCGCGUCCGCCUCGCGAAGCAGCUCGAGGCGCUGUUGCUCAAGACGGCCGACGGCUCCCUGGGCUGCGUCAAGACCAUCGGCUACUUCCAGCAGUACGCGUUCUUCGCGGGCGUGUCGACGCUGCUCCGGUCGUGGAUGAAGUUCAAGGCCGUGGAGCUCACGGAGGACCCGCGGCCCGACGACGUCGUCGUCCACGUGCGCCUCUGCGACUCGCCGCUCCACUUCUACAAGUACUACUCCUACGAGAACUACUUCGAGCACAUCUUCCGCCACCUCGAGCCGGCGCCGGCGCGGAUCCGCGUCGUCACGGGCUGCGACGAGCGCAAGCCGGGCGUCGUGCGCGAGCUCGUCGAGCGCCUCGGCGCGGAGCGCGUCUUCACGGCCAUCGCCGACGGCACGUCGAAGAAGCCCCACCGGUCCGUCGCCGCGGACUUUUUGUACAUGACGCGCGCGAAGCGCCUCGUCGUCACGGAGUCGACCUACUCCUGGUGGGCCGCGUACCUCGGCGCGGCGGACGAGGUCCACGCGCCGGCGUCGGGCGUCGUGCCCGUGCCCUACCAGGAGCCCCACUACGUCUUCCACGACAUCAACGACCACAAGUUCUGGGGGACCUACUCCGCCGCGGAGAAGCGCCUCGUCUUCCGCUUCGCGACCGAGAAGGACGUGCCCAAGCGCAACGCGUCGAGAUUGAGCUGGGACCUGCAGCGCAAGUAUCAGUUCCUGCCUCGACGCAAGUCCGAGCCGGCGGCAACACCGGCCGCGCCGCCGGCGCCCGCCGGACCGCCCGCGACCGACGUCCGCGGCGUCGUCGUCGCCGUGUCCGCGUGGGCCGGCCCUACGGACCGGCACUUUGCCGAGCUGCGGACGGCGCGCGGCGCGGUCCUCGCGCGCGUCGGCGCGGCGAUCGCGGCGGACCUCGUCGUCGGCCGGCGCGUGCGGCUCACGCGCAUGCGGGCGGCGGCCGAGCUCGUCGUGGUCGCCGGCGUCGCGCGCGCGGGCGUCAAGGCGACGGACGGCAGCGCCUGCGACGUCGAGGCCGAGGCCGACGCGUCCGGCGACGCGAUCCGCGGCGUCGUCAAGGGCGUCUCCACGAGCCUCAAGCUCGUCUCGCUGUCCGACGGCGUCCGCGUCUUCGCGCCGCGCUGGUUCGCCGGCGGCCGCGCGCCGGCGACCUUGGGCCAAAGCGUCGUGAUCCGCGACCCCGUGCGCGUCUGCGAGGGCGUCGUCGGUCUAUCGGCGCGGUCGCAGCUCGUCGUCGACGGCCGCGUCGUCUUCGGCGCGGGCGGCGCGCGCGCGCGCGUCGCGGCGGCGGGCGCGUUCGCCGCGCUCGUCCUCGACGCGCGGGACGCGCUCGGCGACGAUCGCGCCGCCGCGGCCGAGCUCGCGGACGGGCUCUGGGGCCUGCGGGGCGGCCCCGCGCGCCGCGACGACGGCGACGCGGCGGGCGGCUCGUUCUUCUCGCCGCCGGCGCCGGAGCCCGCGCCGCGCGUCCGCGUCGCGACGCCGCGCGCCGCCGCGGCGCGGGCCCUCGCGCUCGCGCGCGCGCGGCGCGGCGACGCGCGGGAGCUCGACGGGUCCGAGCUCUUCCCGCGCGACGCGACCCUCGACGUCCUCGACGACCCGGGCCCCGCGCUCGUCGGCGUCGCUCGCGACGGCUUCGUCGACGGCGUGCCGCUCUGCGUCGCCGACGGGUCGGCCUUCGACGGCCCCGUGGCGCUGGACGCCUUUUCCGUCGUCGCGGGCGACGUCGACGGCGAACCGCGGUGCGCCGUCGUCUGCGACCGCGCGGACCUCGUCGUGUCAACAGGGGCGAGCAGGUCCCCGACGCCCGCGCGACGCGUCGUCGACGGCGCGGCGGCGCCGCCGACCGCGCGGCUGGUGGCGCAGACGCGCGCCUUCGCGGGCGUCGACGCGGCGGGCCGCGUCGCUCGGCUCGGGCCGCGCCGUCCGGCGGCGCCGCGGCCGCGCGCGCCGACGGCGCCGUCGCUCGCGGCCGCCCACGCGGCGGAGCGGCCGGCGCGCGCGCUCUGCGACGUCGUCGCCGUGCGGCGCCUCGCGCGGGACGACGGCGGCUGGGCGCUGGUCGCGCUCGUCUGCGACGGCGAGAGCCUCGCGCGCGUCGAGUGCGCGCCGUCGCCCGACCUCUUCGCGGGCGCGCCGCCGCGCGUCGCCGCCGCCGCGGCCGCCUGCGCGCGCGCGCGGCCGCCGGGCGCGGCCUGGGCCUGGCGGCCGCCGCCGGCCGCGGACGCCUUCUCGCGCGUCGACGACGUCGCCGGCGUCGCGCCGCGCGGCGACGCGCGGCUCCUCGGCGCCGUCGCGCGCGCGCUCGUGGCCUCGGGGCCCGUCGCGCCCGUCGUCCGGGCCGCGGCGGACGACGGCGCCGCCGUGCUCCGGCCCCGCGUCGUCGACGAGACGCGCGUGUCCUUCGCGGCGGAGCGGCGGCCGCCCGCGCUCGCGCUCGUCGGCGCCCUCGAGUGGGCCGACCCGCGCGCCGAGGCCGCGCGCCUCCUGGCUCAGACCGGCGCCUAG